AUGCCUGCUGUGAUGCAGCACUGCGAAGCCAAGGAUAGUCACACACUCGCGCUGCAAGCUUUUCGUGAGCAGCCGGAGGGCGCGGCGGCGCACGAGGGUGAAGCUGACUCCUCCGCUAAACGGCCUCGGUACAGCCAGCCGGCGCCCAUGCACAUGGGCUUCACGUCCGGCUCUGUCGACGGUGUCAUCGGUCGCAUGGCUGAGCCACAAAAUGUGUCUCGAGCCGCCGCCUUCCUUGCGGAGGGUCUUAUCUUCCUCAGCUGGAUCUCGGAUCGAACGACGGUGCUAGUUGAUGCCCCGUGCAUUGGCGUCUGCGCUGCCGUGCACAUGGAGGAGCUCAUGGCCGCAUUGGGAGAAGAGGACCCUCUGGGCCUGCGAGAACGGCUGCUUGUUAUGUACGAGCACCCUCGCUUUGUGCGUUCUGCUCAGCUGCGUGAAGCAUGCAGCAGAAUCCCGGGGGACACAUUGCACGGUUUCCUGGCCAAAGGAUUGUGGGAGCUGCAUGCUCGUCAUCACCCGGGCCACGAGUCCGAGCAAUUUGCCAAGGACUUGAAUUACUCCUGGCUCUACUACACGUGGUCUGAGGAGGCUGCUGCGCUGUUUUGGGGAAACUUUGAUGACAAGGCGAGCGAACAGGAAGCGUCCUACAAACUUGACCAGCAGGCAGCCAAAAAGGCGGGAAAGGGCAAAACCCGACACUACUGGCUAGCCCUUCCAUUGCACAACCUCAUGCAGAAGUGCGCGAACGUCACCGCUGCAGAUUGGUGCACGGUCAUCCCAGUGGCUGCUGCGCAAGCAAGCGUCAUCUUCAGCCAGUAUAUGGACGACGUCUUCGCGCACUUGGAUCUUUUACGUCUUCCAGCUCCUGAUGCUGCUCCUGUUGCCAGCGCCUCCCCAUCAGCUCCUGCUGUGCCCGUCCGGCCUCGCACAACGCACAAGCAGAACCUCCGUUCUCUGCUUGCAACUACUUCCGUCCCCAGUCUUCUCACGGAGGCCCGGUUGGAACCUCUGGUUACGAUGUGCCAUGCGGUUUGCGUGUCUCAGCGGCUGCCGUGCAUGCGUAUCUCCGAUGUUGGCCACCUUCGUCCGGUGCUCUGUCUGCAACUGCCCACUGUCGACGUCAAUCUUCACGCACCGCGAGCACUGACGUUGCUGCACCUGCUCGGCUUGGGCGCCCUGUCCCUCAGCACGAAUGCCACGGGAGCAAAAACCUUGUGGUUCGUCAAACGUCCGCGCGAGGCCGUCGGCCAUGAAGCCCUACGAGAUUCGCUGCAACUUUUUGAGGCUGCUGAAUCCUUCCACACGCUUCCUGAGAGGGAGCUGCAGACGCAUCGCAAACAGUCCCAGGCCGAGAUUGUGUUUUCGAAUUUAGAUGACCCGGCAAUUCGCCAAAGCAUAGCGGCGGCGACGGUCGAGCUGCGAGCAGCUCUCGCUGCGCGGGGGUGA